AUCUGUAACGGAGAAGCCCCUCGUCGCGUCGACGCCUCAAAAAAUACGCAUCGCUCCAACAAUUGAUCUGUCAACAUCGGUUGUCACUGUCAUGGUGACUGCCACGGAGCGACAGGAGGAUGACUUGAACAAAUUGUAGCAGAGAGAGCGAAAUCGUUUAAGCCACCCGGUGGAAAUAUUUUCUAGCUAUUCGAUCGUAAAUAAUCUAAACUUUAUCCUAAUUUGUUCUAACAAUAAGCAAAAUUCAGUGCAUUUGCAGAAUCAGAAUUCGCACUAAGAAAUAUGUAUGUGUCCUAUACUGAAUUGUUUAUUUAACGCUUGAACUCCUAAUAUUGAUCGAUUACAAUUUGCAGUUGCAGUUAGACCCUAAUCUAUCAGUGAAAUCGAACCUAAACACCUUUCCAAUAGAAUUAAUCAGGAAAGCUCUGAGGUUCUUGCUUGCUACAGCGUUCUUUGUGACACGAUCCAUAAAAGCGGUCCUGGAUCUCACCAAAAAUCUUAAAGCUACACCCACAAUCAAAGGUUUGCUUCAUUAAGAUUUGGUGAAACGUCACUCACAAAUUUCUUUAAGAUUUUUGUACGUGGUGCCAUGGAAGCUGGACGUCACAGUAAAACUGCCGGAGAACAUCAUUGCAAAAAAUGCAACCGGCGAGAUUCAGCGGAAGCCCAUAUGGUGGCGUGCGAUCAAUGCCACGAAUGGACCCACUUCGGCUGUGCUGGAGUUGACGAGUCUAUUAAAGAUCGCAAGUACGUUUGCAACGUUUGUGAAGCAUUGGAAGGAGUUGCAAGUGGUAUGCAACAGCUCAAACCACCCGGUGCUGACAACAAAUCGACGAAAUCAUCCAAGCGGACGAGGAAAUCCCAAAAUACGUCCGUACCGAGCAUGACUUCUAGUGCUCGAGAAGCUCUGUUGGCCGCCCAAAUGAAGAUGGUAGAAGAGCGGCAACUGCUAGAAGAACAAGCGCUGAAGGAACAGGAAGCGAUCAGGUUCAAGCAAAUGGAAGAAGACCGCCGUCAAUUGGAAGAAAAACGACGACUAUCCGAAGAAGAAAGACUGUUACGAGAACGUCAGCUUCAGGAAGAGAAGGCCUUUCAAGCUAAGCAGCAGCUCAUCAGGCAGCAGUCGCUAGACAAAAAGCAUGAACUUCUUCGUCAGAUGGCAGAAGCAAGCAGCCGGCACGGAUCAAUUGUGGACUCGCGCGGAAAAGUAUCAGACUGGUUAGCAGAACAGCGUGCGGUCGUUGACAACGAGUGUGAUGCUGGUGCAGUCGAUCCCUUUACAGAUCGACCGGAGCGGAAUGACCCAAUGAUUCAAUCAGAGAGAAACGAUGGAGCACUGCCGCCGCUGCCGUCGCCUUCGGUGGGGAUGCAACCUAGUAGGUCGAAUUUUCAAGCCCAAGUAUCAGUGCACCAGGAGAGAUCAGCGAUACCCAUUCGUGCUCAAAAUGAACCAUUAGCCGACUACAUGCCUAGAAGUUCAAUUCCGACAGUGCUGGGAGCGAAUCACUUUGCUGCUCGACAAGUCAUAGGCAAAGAAUUGCCCACUUUUAGUGGAAACGCGGAAGAUUGGCCCAUAUUCAUAAGCUGCUUCGAGCAGUCAACCGAGGCGUGCGGAUAUUCGGACGCGGAAAACUUGAUCCGACUCCAAAGGUGCCUUAAGGGACAUGCCCUGGAAUCCGUUCGGAGCCGUCUACUACUGCCAUCGAGUGUUCCUCACGUCAUAAGCACACUAAGGACCCUGUACGGUAGGCCUGAAUUGUUGGUUCGGUCCUUAAUAGAAAAAGUACAUCGAGUUCCCGCGCCGCGACAAGACAGACUGGAGACGAUCAUGGAGUUUGGCCUGGCAGUACAAAACUUAGUUGACCACCUCACCGCCGCUCACCAAGAGAACCACCUUGCCAACCCGACACUCAUGCAAGAGUUGGUCGAAAAACUACCUGGCCCUCUGAGACUAGAUUGGGCAGUCCAUAAAGGCCAACAUACGAAUGUCACCCUGCGAACCUUCGGCGAAUUCAUGUCUCGCCUAGUCACGGCUGCUAGUGAAGUGACAUACGAUCUACCGGUGCAAGGAAAACCUUUUAGAAACGAGAAAGUCAAGUCGAAAGAUUGGGGAAUGGUGCAAGCUCACACUGCAGUGCAGCAUACCCCGGAACGCUGGAGCCGAGAUCACCGAAAAACGAGCAAACCAUGCGCAUUGUGUGAACAUGAGGGUCAUCGGUUGUACGAGUGUCCUCAAUUCAAAUCGUUCAAUAUGGAUGAACGAUGGAAAUUCGUGCAGCAAAACGGCAUCUGCAGAACUUGUCUGAACGCCCAUGGGAACUGGCCAUGUAAAUCCUGGCAAGGGUGUGGUCAUCAAGGAUGCCGUCUAAAGCAUCAUACGCUGCUUCAUCCAUCUAAUCCAGCUGCAACUCAUUCGGUUAAUGUAUCCUCGAGACACUUGGAUUGGAAGGAAAAACAGUUCCCGAUAUUUCGAAUCAUCCCCGUCGUUCUGAAAUUCGAUGGUCAGUCAGAGACGGUAUUCGCUUUGAUUGAUGAGGGUUCCUCAUUGACUCUUCUGGAAAAAUCGGUCGCUGAACAACUACAAGCUGUUGGUCCCACGGAGGCACUAACUCUUCAGUGGACCGGCAACAUUACCCGAGAAGAAAACGAAUCACAGAAGGUUCAACUGGAAGUAGCUGGAAAGGGUAGUUCCAAUUAUCAUCGACUGAUCAAUGUUCAUACCGUAGACGGUUUGGUAUUGCCCACUCAAACCUUAAAGUUUCGAGAGCUCGCGCGGCAAUUUCCUCAUCUACGUGGAUUACCUAUAGAAGACCAAGAGCUGGUGCAACCCAAACUUCUAAUUGGUUUAGAAAACCUGCGGCUUACUGUACCACUAGCUAUUCGUGAAGGUUCGGCGGGACAACCGAUUGCUGCAAAAUGUCGAUUAGGAUGGGGCGUUUAUGGAUGUACUUCGGGAUUCCCAGGAGGGCAAUCUGUUAUCAAUUUCCAUAUAAGUGCCACAUCUGACUCGGAUCGCCAGCUGAACGAGCAACUACGUGAUUAUUUUGCCCUAGAUGGAACAGGCGUAACAGCAGCAGGCGAAAAACCAGAAUCAGAGGAGAACAAAAGAGCGAUGCGCAUAUUGAAGGAAACAACAAGGAGGACACUACGUGGUUUCGAAACUGGAUUACUUUGGAACACCGAUAGUCCGAACUUUCCAAAUAGCUUUUCGACUGCCCUACGUCGUCUACAAUCACUGGAACACAAACUUCUGAAACAGCCAGAACUGAAGAAACGUGUGAAUGAACUGAUCUACGAGUACGAAGCGAAAGGUUACGCACACAGGGCUACACAUCACGAAAUGCAAUUCUCGGAUCAAUCACGCGUCUGGUAUCUCCCAUUGGGAAUUGUCACAAACCCAAAGAAACCAGAGAAGGUCAGGCUCAUCUGGGAUGCUGCAGCUAAAACCAACGGCAUCUCACUGAAUUCUAAAUUGCUCAAAGGCCCGGAUCUGUUGACACCACUACCGAUGGUGCUCUCCCGCUUUCGCCAGUACCCCGUGGCCGUAAGCGGAGACAUACGGGAGAUGUUUCAUCAGCUCGCCGUCAUUGAAUCUGAUCAGCAAGCACAACGUUUCCUGUGGCGCGAAGAUCCGGAAAAGGAACCACAAGUUUAUGUUAUGGACGUCUUAACGUUUGGCUCGAUGUCUUCCCCUGCAUCUGCUCAGUACGUUAAGAAUCUUAACGCUUCUGAAUUUGUUAACGACUACCCACGUGCAGCGGCAGCCGUCCAGGAAAACCAUUACGUGGACGACUACCUUGACAGUUUUGCCACGGUGGAGGAAGCGAUCCGAGUAGUGAAUGAGGUGAAACAUAUUCACUCGAAAGGUGGUUUUCAGCUGAGAAAGUUCAAGUGCAACGAAGUAGCCGUUCUGCGAGGAAUAGGAGAGCUUUCGGACGACGAAUGCAAAGAGUUGCUACUGGAAAGAGGAGAUCUGAUUGAGUCGGUGCUUGGGAUGCAGUGGAUGCCCCGCGAUGAUGUAUUUGUCUACUCGUUUACGCCGCGUAAAGAUCUGCAGGAAAUCCUCCGCCCGGAUCAUGUUCCCACGAAGCGGGAGGCACUAAAAGUUGUGAUGAGCCUGUUCGAUCCGUUAGGCUAG